UGUGUAUCAAUAUGGUCUACAAAACCAUGGAUGUACGUCCCAUGCCAUCCACUCCACAGAUGCAUGAUUAAUACCUCAACAGCACGACUUCUCGUACCCGCAGUUCGCGUGGGACGAACAAGAGAACUGCCAGCGUCAGUCAACCAUCUGAACUUUCAAUUCUGGCCCCAUAAUCUUCUGAUCCCUUCCCUAGCCUGCAUCAAGCUCUCCUUCUUCUUCCGUAAAUCUCCCACCGUUACCGACGCCUUCUUUCAAAAACAUUACAACCAUAUUCACUCCGAUCUCACCGUCGCCUGCAAGAAGUUUCACGCCGUCAAGAUAGCCCGCUACGUCCAGCUCUACCAAUCACCCGGCCUGAAAAGCAAAUUACAGGAACUGGGCAUGGACGUACUAGAAUACGACGCGUGCAGUCAGAUCUGGGUGAGGAAGUGGGAAGAUUGGGAGGCGUUUGCGGGGAGCGACGAGUACCGAGCUGCGCUCAUGCCGGAUGCCGAGAAGUUCAUGAAUUUGGAGAAGGGGAUUCAGGUCAUGGCUGGGUGAGACUCACUUCCUCUCGAUUUGGUUGGUUAAUGUGAGUGGGUUACUGAUAAUGACGACGGAGCUAGAUACGAUAUGAUCUGCUUUGGAAAAGCGAUUCCUGAUUGCGAUGCUACGGAUGGGAUUACGCGUGAAGGGGCUGCGUAGAUCUGGAAGCCUCACUGGCGUAGCUUUGGAGCAGGGAAUGCUGGGUCUUGGUAGUGGGAGGUGCAGAAUAGUGCUAAGCAUAUGAACUUUCCAGGCCCUUUCUCUGCGACUAGAAGAUUACUUUCCAGUAACUUAUUGUAUUAGAGCUCCA